AUUCGAUUUGGCCUCGUUGCUUUACGAAUUGGAAUAUGUGCUGUGACUGAAUAAUAAGGCGGGGCAAACGAUAUGAUGCUUGCCGUUUGAAAUAAUGUAGACUAAAUAGCUUGUGUCAGCUUGUGCUUAAAAUAGGCCGUUUGGCUAAAGAAUAAUCUACAUUACUCUCGGACUGCUAGCCGAAACGAUUUCCCAAAAUUGGUGUCCACCGAAUAUUAAUUAUACCGUUAAUAUUAAAUAAACUACUGAAGGAUGUCGCUGUUGUUCACUUUACUCGUUUUGACUUGCGCGUUCGUCGUCGAUCAGGUUUCAACCGAAGAAGAUAAGGCCGUCUCAUAUUCAGGAUAUCAGGUCUGGAGGAUCACGACCCUUUCGAAAGAGGAACAUCAGGUCGUUUUGAAAAUGAUUGAACAUUUCGGACUUGAGCUGUGGAGAUGGCAGGAGAGUCAAACCAUCAAUACCCCGAUCGAUGUCCUUGUGCCACCACAAUCGCAAAUAAAAGUGAAGCAACAAUUGGAUCAGGCCAACAUAUCGUUCGUCGUCAAAGUCGCCGACUUGCAGGAAGACAUUAAUGACGAGAAUCCCAAUUUAAACGCUAGUUCUUACAAUACGAAAGCGGCUCACAAAAUGGAUUGGAUGAGCUAUCACCGACUGGACGACAUUUACGGCUACUUGAAUUAUUUGGCGGAAACGUACCCAAACCUUGUCCAGUUAAUUAAUAUCGGCGCUUCAUACGAAAAUCGGACGCUCUAUGUCGUUCGCAUAUCUAAUUCGUCCAAACCCGAUACGCAACCCGCCGUUUGGAUCGAUGGAGGAUUUCACGCCCGUGAGUGGAUCACACCCGCGUUGGCCACAUACAUUAUCCAACAGCUGGUCGAAGAACCGGCAAACGCGAAGCUUUUGUUUAACAUCGACUGGUACAUCAUGCCGGUUGUCAAUCCCGACGGUUAUGAAUACUCCCAUGUGAGAAAUCGUCUCUGGAGAAGAUCCCGGUCCAACACAGGAUCAAGGUGUCAAGGUGUUGAUCUAAACCGUAACUUUGACUUCAAGUGGGGUGGUCCAGGAUCGAGCAGUAAUCCCUGCUCCGAUACAUUCAAAGGAUCCAAAGCCUUUUCUGAGCCAGAGGCUGUUGCCUAUUCAAAAUUCAUCAAAAGCAAAUCCAAUCAAAUCAAACUUUACUUGAGUCUUCACAGCUACGGCCAAUUGAUUCUGCUUCCCUGGGGUUAUGCACGCGAGUACCCGUCUGAUUACAACGAAACGUUGGCGCUCGCCAAUCUGGCAGCUUCGAAAUUUCGCGCCUUCAGUUAUAGAGUGGGAACUACAGUAGAUCUUCUUUAUCGAGCUUCAGGCAACUCGGCCGAUUGGGCUAAAUCGAUUGGCAUCAAAUACGUGUACACUGUCGAGCUUCCCAUCAGAGGAUUUGUCCUACCGGCUUCAUUCAUUUUGCCAGUGAGCAAAGAUUUCUUCCCCGCCUUGGACGUCUUGGCUUCCAAAAUAUCCACACUGAAUGUUUGAUUCGUUUCAGGAUAUUUUCUUUAUUAUUCACAUAGUUCGAAUCGACCUGUUUUGCUAGUGGUUUGGUUUACCCUAGAUUCAGUGUUGUUUCGUUUGAUUUUUAGUUUGUGUGACAAAAUACAAGUAAAAAAAAAAUUA